GAACAUUACAGAUUAUAAAGGCAGCCUCAGUCUCAUCAAAGCGGCGUGUGGUUUGAUUCUAAUCUCGUCGCUUUUAAGCAAAUCAUUUUUCCUCUCAAAAAAUGAACCUACUGGAGCUUCCAUCAGAGAUAUUAGCCCAGACAUUUGUCAACCUUCGGUACUUUGAUCUACUGUCCAUUCUUGCAACAUGUAGAACUCUAUACACAUUUUCUGAAGACCAGGUCAUCUGGCGAGAGGUAUUCUUACGCGAAUUCGAUGAUCCACGUGUUCGGAUCAGAAGCUUGACUGAGACACCCCGGAAGCUGUUUUAUGCAAGACAUGGCGAUUUCGACUGGUUUAUCGAGUUUCGAAAAAGAAUUAUUGCCUUGUCAUGUCUUAGAAACGCUGAUACGGCCCGUCGGAGCUGCCACGGAGAUAAAUAUGAGGCAGUCGUGGAAACUCUUCUUGAUAUCAUCGACACCGCUGAUGCUUCCCCGGCGGUCGGUAAUGAAGGGACUGGGAGAUCUAGGAAUAUUAGCCUUUUGCCUACGAAUUCGCUUUUUAGCGAGUAUUCUGACUCCCUGAUCAGAGGCACCCUGGUGCCUAAGAUCGCAAUAUUUGAUAAGGAUGAAUCUGACUCGCAACAAAUGGCUUCUACAAUUGGUCAAUAUCGUGCAGGAAGCUGGCAGUGGGAUCCCUCUCCCGGACGUCCAAUGACCCGAUCACGAGCGGCUUUGGAAGCAGAAAAAUUCCGAAAAUCGGAAAAUUCAAGUCGUCUUCAUGUUCUACGAGGCAUCACCGCGUACGAAGAAGAAGACGAGAAAGAUGCUGGACGAUCACGGCGCAUAUGCUACGACUGGACUCUGACGAAUGAACGUAACGAAUAUGGUCCUUGGAAGGACGACGGAUCUGGAAAGACCGAUUGGAGACGGAUCGAAGCAAUUGCGAGUGUAGUUACAAGGCAAUUUAUCCAGACUGUGAAAGAUCGGGUUUCUCUACCCCAAGGAUUCGCAUAUAGCUUACCAAAUCGGGUCUCAAUUGACCCAAGCGUCCCAGAUGACUGGGCCGGUAUACAGAGGAGAUGGGUUGGCACAUAUGUCUUCAUGCACUGGGAGGACCUUGUAGAGUUUAAUGAGUCUCGCGGCACUUCAAUUCGAUCUUCCUUGGAGUAUACGCCCGAGGCUUGUGGAGGGCUAAUGAAGUUGGACUUAAAGCUGAACAUGGACUUGAAGGACGACCCAACAUUAAACACGAUGCUCCCAGUGUGCUUCGAUUUUCCCCCUCUCUAUUUCUCAGGUCUUUCAAGAAGCGAGGAGUGGCAGAUGGCGACUGCGAUCAGAGGCAUGUGCUGCUUAGCUCCAGGCGGCCGCGAGGUGAGAUGGCGAUAUAUUGUACACUACGGUGGUUCGGAUCAGUGGCAGCUGGAGGGCGUGCAACCAGGUGGCGUACGAUCUGGGUGCGUAUAUGGUACUUGGACUUCCGUUCUACACGAAGAUGAUGGACCGGUAGGGCCGUUUAUCUACGCACCAGAAGAAUUGUGCAAACUUAAAUGUAACCAUAUUCUUGCACAUAACGAUGGCAUCCUCAAAUUUUGUGCAGUAUAAGGAGCGUCUAUUCUGCUUCCGUUGCCAAACUUUGUGUCGACUUAUCUUUCAAAAUUCUCGAAAACAAAGACAAGAAAUGAUUGAAUUGAAUUAAUAAGUUGGAAGUCUUACAAAUUAUGAGUAUUGACGCAGGGAAAUUCAUAGAU